GCUGGGCGCAGGCGGCGGCCGCGGGGUGCGCGCCGAGGUGCUGUUCCGCUGCCCGCCCUGCACGCCCGAGCGCCUGGCAGCCUGCGGGCCCCCGCCGGUCGAGCCGGGCGCGUCCUGCGCUGAGCUGGUCCGGGAGCCGGGCUGCGGCUGCUGCUCUGUGUGCGCCCGGCUGGAGGGCGAGGCGUGCGGCGUCUACACCCCGCGCUGCGCCCAGGGGCUGCGCUGCUAUCCUCACCCGGGCUCCGAGCUGCCCCUGAAGGCGCUGGUCAUGGGCGAGGGCACUUGCGAAAAGUGCGGGGACGCCGAGUACGGCACCAGCCCCGAGCAGGCUGCAGACAAUGGCGAUGACCACUCUGAGGGAGGCCUGGUUGAGAACCAUGUGGACGGAACCCUGAACAUGUUGGGAGGAGGAAGCAGUGCUGGCCGGAAGCCCCUCAAGUCGGGCAUGAAGGAGCUGGCCGUGUUCCGAGAGAAGGUCACCGAGCAGCACCGGCAAAUGGGCAAGGGUGGCAAACAUCACCUCGGCCUGGAGGAGCCCAAGAAGCUGCGGCCGCCACCUGCCAGGACCCCCUGCCAGCAGGAGUUGGAUCAGGUCCUAGAGCGGAUUUCCACCAUGCGCCUCCCAGAUGAGCGGGGCCCCCUGGAGCACCUCUACUCCUUGCACAUCCCCAACUGCGAUAAGCACGGCCUGUACAACCUCAAACAGUGCAAGAUGUCCCUGAACGGUCAGCGUGGAGAGUGCUGGUGCGUGAACCCCAACACCGGGAAGCUGAUCCAGGGAGCCCCCACCAUUCGGGGGGACCCCCAGUGUCAUCUCUUCUACAAUGAGCAACAGGAGGCUCGUGGGGUACACACCCAACGGAUGCAAUAAAAAACCACAGCCAGCCGGUGCCUGGCAUCCCCUUCCCCGCCCCCUCUCCAAACAGAGUGGCAGAAAUUGGAGAGUGCCCGGGUGGUGGGUGGUGGAGGAUUUUCCAGGAGUUUCGACACGUGUAUUUAUAUUUGGAAAGAGACCAGCACCGAGCUUGGCCCACUCCCUGCCCUCCCCCUUCCAGCUGGAGAUACCUGCCCCUGCCCCUUUUGCUUCCUCGCUGGGGAGGAAGGGGGAUUGCAGUGGGGGAGCUGGGGUAAAGGUUUGGGAGGGGGGGAAAGAAAUUUUUAUUUUUGAACCCCUGUGUCUCUUUUGCUUAAGAUUAAAGGAAGGAAAAAUAAAA